CCGGAGAUCACACUGAUCACUGACACACAAAAAUGUCCGUCGAAGUGCCAUCGGAUCUCAUCAUUCAAUCUCAGAUCGACUUCCGAGAAGACGCCGGAUUAUCAUCUUGUUACCAAACCCUAAAAUCUCUUCCAAGCCUCCAAGAAUCAAUAUCUUCUUUACACCCAUCGUCUCCACGCCUCAGAUGUACGCGUUGUAAAGGAAAGCUUCUCAGAGGCUCAAACUCAAUCAUUUGCAUAUACUGCGGCCUAUGCCAGGCCAAUCACAUACCUCCUGACUCUAUCUUAUUCAAAUCCACCACUGCUUAUCGUUGGCUACUUCAGUCUUUGGAAUUAAAUGGCACGGAAAGAAUUGGGUCUUUUGACGAAGAAUAUAGAAAGACCAACGGAGCGACACCAGUGGAAGACGAAAAAACUAUAUCUGAGAUCUUAGAUUUGCAGAUUUCAUGGCGAGAUGAGUGUGAGAAACCUGAGAUUGGCUUUGUCAACAAGACCUUUAGCCAUAUCAGCAGUUCUUUGAAUUUUAGUAAAGUUGAAUUGGACAACUUUACAGGAUCACAAAGAGAUAUUGGAUUUGAUGUAUCUGAAGAACAGCCGGUUACCAGCAAAGGUGAACGAAAUGACGAGAUUGUAGAUGAACAAAAUCUCAGUCUAUUCCAGAAUUUUCCUUCUUCUGAAACUGCUGCCACAUCUUCUAAUUCUAGGGGAGAGUCUUCAUCUGGAAGUGAGGUAGAAAUUCAGUCUGUGAACUACAGGAUACAGAAUGAGGAUUCUAAAACUGCUUCCGAAUCCAAUGAAUUGCAUGGUGAUUCUUCAUCUGGUGAUGAUGCAGAAGUUCGGUCUGUGAAUUCCAGGACACAAAAUGAGGAUUCUAAAACUGGUCGCAUAUCCUCCGAUUUGAGCAACAAUGCUUCAUAUGGUCAUGAUGCAGAAAUUCAGUCUGUGAAUUCUGGGAUACAGAAUGAGGAUUUGAAAACUGCUGCCCUGUCCUCUGAUUUGCGUGAUGAUUCUUCAUCCGGAGAUGAUGCAGAAAUUGAGUCUGUGAAUUUCAGGAUACAGGAUGAGGAUUCUAAAACUGCUGCCAUACCCUCUGAUUUGAGUGGCGAUGCUUCACCUGGUCGUUUUGCAGAAAAUCAGUCUUUGAAUUCGAGUACGCAAAUUGAGGAUUCUAAAACUGAUGCCACAUCCUCUGAUUCGAGUGGUGAAUCUUCAUCUGAAGACGAGAUAGAAAUUCCGACUGUGGAGUCCUGGACACAGUAUGAGGAUUCAAAAACUGUUGGAUCCUCUGAUUUGAGUGACGAUGCUUCUUCUGGUGAGGAUGCAGAAAUUUCUGUGGAUUCGGGGACACAGAAUGAGGAUUCUGAAACUGCUGAUUUGAGUGGCGAAUAUUCAGCUGGAGAUGAUGAAGAAACUCAGUCUGUGGAUUCCAUGGCACAGAACGAGGAUUCUACGAUUGCUGCCAUAUCUCCUGAUUUUCGUGGCGAUUCUUCAUCUGGAGAUGACGCAGAAACUCAAUCUGCGGAUUCCAGGACACAGAACAAGGAUUCUACAAUUGCUGCUGUAUCCCCUGAUUUUCGCGGUGAUUCUUCAUCUGGAGAUGAUGCGGAAACUCAGUCUUCGGAUUCCAGGACACAGAACGAGGAUCCUACAACUGCUGCCGUAUCCAAUGAUUUACGCGGUGAUUCAUCUGGUGAUGACACAGAAAUUCAGUCUGUGGAUUCCAGGACACAGAACGAGGAUUCUACAGCUGCCGCUGUAUCCCAUGAUUUGCACGGUGAUUCUUCAUCUGGAGAUGAUGCAGAAAUUCAGUCUGUGAAUUCCAGGUCACAGAAUGAGGAUUCUAAUAUUGCUGGUGUAUCCCCUGAUUUGCAUGGUGAUCCUUCAUCUGGAGAUGACGCAGAAAUUCAGUCUCCAAAUUCCAGGACACAGAAUGCUGAUUCUAAAAGUGCUGCCAUAUCCUCUGAUUUGAGUGGUGGUUCUGUGUCUGGAGAUGAUGCAGAAAUUCAGCCUGUUGACUCCAGAAUGCAGGAUGAGGAUAAGGAUUCUAAAUCAGUUUUUGUAGGUUCUGAAGCCGAUCUCUCUGCCCCCAUGGACUCAGAUUCUGGGUAUAUGGAAGACUUGAACGACGAAAAUCAGAAUAACAAUUUAGGCCCUCUUCCUCCCACAGGCGAUGACAGGAUUCAAGAUGACCCCAUUCACGAAGAUUAGCUGUGCAGUCUCUCAGCAAGUAGAGCAGUUUGAGUAGGUUGCUUCAAGCAAAAAAUGACCACAUCUGCUAAUCUAAUUGAUGCAUCUUUGUUUGGUGUUGAUAGAGAUUGGUUUAAAGAUGCCAUCUGGCAGAAAGGUAGUGCCACCAACACUUUCGUCUCUCAGGGCAGAGCACUUUAAACUUGGUACCAAAACAAAGCCUAUGUAAAUAGUUUCAGAAGUUAUCAAUGUAGAUUGGGUUGGAAAUGCUAGCUGUCAGGAAUGUACUGCCAAGAAAGCCACCACUAAUAAAAAUGACUCUUCAUU